UACGGAAAGGAUUUGGUUUCGCCGCACUAAACUGUACUCUAGGGGUAGAUUGUCAAGUUCUGGUGUUCAGAAAUAACAUUUUGUUUUGCUGCAUGUCAACAAUAAUGUUUAAAAGUGAAUAAUGACUUCAGAAAGUGAAAGUCAUACUUAUAAUCAGUUGAAAGAAAACAUCUUACUCCUAGCGAACAAGCAAGACAAGCUAAGAAAAUGGAAUGUUUUCGUUUUGAUCUUGAGUCUCAUUCUUGGAGCGGAAGUGAUAAUAACAGCAUUCCUUCUGUACGAUUUGUCUGAAGAAAUAAACCAGGCUCAAGAGGACGCCAGAGUUGGCGAAUACCCGUUCCACUGCCUGGACCAGCUUGUUGAUCCUGAAUAUCAGGAGAGGACUUCGCUCAACACUCAGGGUCUUGCAAGUUGCGACUUAUGGAUUAAUGAAUUAAGGAAGAGUGCACACAAGCAACUUCUGUCUGACAUCAGGAAUGCCCUGUACAUGCAGCUAACAGCCAGCAACAUAACACUAUCUCGAUCCAAGAAGCCUGUCAUUCACAUGGGUGCAGAGCAGGAACCGAGGCAGUUUCCUAACUGGCUGAAAAAUGAUGGGGAGAACAACAUCAGAAGAACAAUGGAUAAUCUUCGCUGGAACAACAUUAAUGGAUUAGCUGUUCAGCAUGGAAUGAUGGGAUACAGUCCAGAUGGAGAGAUUGUGGUACAUCAGGAGGGACUUUACUUUGUCUAUUCUCAGGUUUACUUCCAACUGCUUCCUUCAGUCCAAGAAAAACGUUCACAGCCUUUCCUGCAGUAUAUUUACAGGAAGACUGAAUCCUACCAGGAGCCUAUCCUGCUCUCGAAAGCAGUUAUGACAAAGUGCUGGGACACAUCACCUGAUUUGCAACUGUUCUCUAGCCACCAGGGGGCACUCUUUCACCUGGAACAGGGAGACAAGCUGUACCUCCAAGUAACCGACAUUCAAACUGUGCGGUUGCAAGAGGAUUCUACUUUCUUUGGAGCUUUUAUGAUAAACUAAAUGGAGAUUGUUGUUUUCAGAAGUAACUGUUAUCAUUAUGUCAAAUGAAUUAAUAUAAUUCUAAUAUUCCUCAAAUAACUAGACUAUCAACAAUCCAUCAAUGCCUAUAAGAAGGCAUUGACAUAAACUGAAGGAGAUAUUACUCACCAAAUACAUUUGACUUCUGGCUGUUAUUUGUAAAUAAGGUAUACAGUUUCAGUAAUUACAAAUCUGCUGUAUGUUUUUUUUCUUCUUCUUUUUCUCAAGAAAUAAAAUAAACAUGAUAGGUGGGUGGUGUACACCAGCUUAAGCAGGACUGCCUCAUUGAGCUGUUAGUAGAAUGAGGUAUGAGAAAUCAGGAUGGAAAUUAAAACUACAGGGCCGCAGAUCUCCAGGAGCAGGGUCGGGUAAACUGGAGCUACAGCAUUGAUCCAUGGAGUGUUCCAAGUACCACAAUCAGGUCCUAUGCUAGUGCCAGUACACGUAUGUUUUUUUUUUUUUUUUCAUUUUUUUGUAUUUUUAUAUGAAUGUGUGUGCACUGUGAAAUUACAAAUAAAGAAAAAAUCACGUCAUGGA